AUGGCAGCCCGCAAAUUCGGCAGUGGCUCGCGCCACCUCUCCAUCGAAGAACGGGUCAACAUCGCAGAAGGCGAAGACGAGCUGAGUGAGUCCGACGACGGGCUUGAUAUGGUCAAGACGAACGGCAAAGGCCAGGUCAGCUUCGACGAGUACAUCAACUCCAUCGACGCCGGCGACAACAUGGUCGAGAUAUCAUCGGACGAGGGGAGCCCAGCCGCGAAGAAGCAGCGGCGCGGCAUCUACCACGAGGAGAAGGGCGAGCGGGUGGCCUUUGAUGACGACGAGGACUCCGAUGCGGUCUACAAGAGCUUCAUCAAGCGGCACACUGAGAAGAAGAAGAAAGCUGCCGCCAGCAACAAGCGGGUGAAGGCUCGAGCUGCUGGCUCAUCUCUGGUCGGCAAGAGAGCGAAGCCUGCAAGGAAGGCCAAGGAUGAGAACCAGGUGUAUGGAGACCCUAGUGAUGACGACAAGGAACUCAUGGAAGACUCCCUGCCGGAGUAUCUGCAGACACGCAUGAAGGAAUGGGAGAGGUGCAAGCAGAGAUUGGGCGAGAAGGGCUUGAGGCUACCUCCAACGUACGACGACAUGUACUUCUCGGACGACGAGCGGCUCGAGACGCUCAAGGAGCGCCCCAAGUUGCCUACCAACGCACAUCCUGGCAACUACGAGGAUCACUUCAUGCCGAAGUCUGGCGGACUGAUACCCGCGCCAAUCGCGCAGUAUCUACGGAAUUAUCAGGUCGAAGGCGCAGAGUUCCUGCACGAGAAGUUUGUGUUCCAGCAAGGCGGUAUUCUAGGUGAUGACAUGGGUUUGGGCAAGACAAUCCAGGUCAUAGCUUUCCUCACUGCAGCGUUUGGUAAGACGGGCGACGAGCGCGACAAGAAGCGCAUGCGCAAGUCACGCCGAAAGGACGAGCACCGCUUCUAUCCCAAAGUACUCAUCAUCUGUCCUGGCAGCUUGAUGUCAAAUUGGCGGUCAGAGCUGGAGCGUUGGGGCUGGUGGCACAUCGCCACUUACCACAACAGUGGAAAAGCGGACGCAAUCGCUGCCGCAGAGCAAGGACGGCUCGAAAUCAUGAUCACGACAUAUCAAACCUACCGGCUGGACCAAAGCGCCAUCAACAGCGUGAUGUGGGACUGUGUCAUUGCCGAUGAGUGCCACAUCAUCAAGGAGAGGAAGUCAGAGAUCACCAAAUCCAUGAAUCGUGUCAACGCUCUCUGCCGGAUCGGGCUCACCGGCACUGCGAUACAGAACAAGUACGAGGAGCUGUGGACGCUCCUGAAUUGGACUAAUCCCGGCACCUUUGGCCCCAUGAACGCCUGGAAGCAAGCCAUCUGCAUCCCUCUCAAGCUGGGGCAGAGCUACGAUGCAACCAACGCACAGCUUGCUAAAGCGAGACGAACAGCGACCAAGCUCCGCGACAAUCUGCUGCCUCAGUUCUUUCGCCGACGAACCAAGAAGAUGAUCGCAGCUGAGCUGCCCAAGAAGAGUGACCGUGUCGUCUUCUGCCCGAUGACCGACACUCAAGCCGAUGCCUACAACAACUUCUGCGAUUCCGAAAUCGUCCAGGCAAUUCGACAUGCUGUAGAUCCUUGCACCUGCGGCUCGGGGAAGAAACAAGGUUGGUGCUGCUACCAACUCGUCGACGGGCAGAAAUGGCAGAACUUCGUGUUCCCGGUCAUGAUCACUCUGCAGAAGCUGUCGAGCCACGUUGCUCUCCUCAUACCGUCCAACGAGUCAGACAGAGAGCGUCACGACAAGGACCUGGAGCUGCUUCGCACCGCCUUGCCCGACAUGUGGGAAAGCCUGUACCGCGAACGCCAGACCAUCAUGAAUUACGGCAACACGGCGUUCUGCGGCAAGUGGAAGAUUCUGCGCAAGCUGCUGUCCUACUGGCACGAGAAUGGAGACAAAGUGCUGGUCUUCAGCUACUCUGUCCGCCUGCUCAAGAUGCUGACCAUCCUCUUCAAAUCGACAACGUCCUACAACGUAUCCUAUCUCGACGGUAGCAUGAGCUACGAGGAACGGCAGAACACUGUGGACGAGUUCAAUUCGGAUCCACGCCAGUUCGUCUUCCUCAUCUCCACCAAAGCGGGUGGUGUCGGUUUGAACAUCACAUCAGCGAACAAAGUUGUUGUGGUCGAUCCCAAUUGGAACCCUUCCUACGACCUCCAAGCACAAGACCGCGCAUAUCGCAUUGGCCAGACGCGUGACGUGCAAGUCUUCCGCCUGAUCUCCGUUGGCACUAUCGAAGAGUGCAUCUACGCUCGGCAGAUCUACAAGCAGCAGCAAGCCAACAUUGGCUAUAACGCUUCCGUUGAGCGUCGCUACUUCAAGGGUGUGCAAGGGCAAAAGGAGCAGAAGGGCGAGAUCUUUGGGCUGGGGAACAUGUUCGCUCCUCUUUCGACCAACAUAAAGCUCCGCGACAUCGUCAACAACACCAACAUCGCCGAAACACGGGCUGGCGUCGAGAUCGCGGGUCUGGAUAUGGAGGCUUCUCAAGACGACGACGAUGACACUUCCGACCCUCUACUGGAGGAAGGGAAAGCAGAUGCAGCCAUGAGCCAGCUCGCCGCUGAUAUCAUCGACGAGCCCGGUCUACGGAGGAAGGCGGCGGCAAAGACGGCGAAGAAGAAAGACGCCGUCCAAGCCAUCCUCGCCUCUGCUGGAGUGGAGUACACACACGAAAACGCCGAAGUCGUCGGCACAAGCAAGAUCGAGAUGAAAAUCUCCUCCCGCGCCCAGAAAGCCGGCAAUGACAUCGGCCUCGACACGGACUACGCCUUCGCCCGCAACGCUUCACAGCUCGACCCCGUCGCCGAAGCGAGUAAAUCUCACGCAGCUGCCGCGCCAGGCUCAGACGACGGCGACACGGACGACGAUCUCGACUCCAAAGCAGUGAAGUACAAGUAUCGGCCGCCGAAGGAUGUGCUGCAACGCCAGUUCUGCUCGAUGGCGAAGGUGUUUGGGUAUGAGGAUCCGACGGAGUUUGCGCUGGUGGUGGAGGGCUGGACGCAGGAGCAGAGGAGGAGGUGUUUGGAGCGGUUCUAUGAGGGGCGGAGGGAGAAGUGUCGGGAGUUGAGCUUCCCAUACGAUCAAGAAGGUGGCAACGACAACGCCAGCGCCAGCGCCAGCCCUGAAGGCAACGACAAAACAACUCCGGGGAAGAAGGCGACUCUGACCAUCACAACGUAG